AUGUCACAUUUCAAUGAAAAAGGCUGGGAAAACAUUAACGCAAGAAUCACGUUGCCGCUGACGUACGAGCUUGAUCAGCCAAGAAAUCUGCUCUCUAAAAUAAUAACUUACAAAGAGAUCUUCGACUUGCCUGUGUCAAUUUCAAUCCUUCCGGACUGUUUCAAUGCUAUGCUGUCGCUAAUGGAGAAGAGAUUCGGCGGUCAUUUGAAUCUCGUCAAUCCAGAACCGAUCAGCCUUUAUGAAAUUGUGCGGCUCUACAAAGAGAUUGUCGAUCCUAGCGUAGAUCCCAAGCCGAUUGGAACUUCAACGGAUCGCGGGCAGUUACUUCUCGCUACAAAAGGAAACUGCGCUCUCGAUACCAAACUACUUGAAUCGCUGGAGCAUAUUCCAACUUCAAGAGAAUCUCUGAUUGCGAAUUUCAAGCAUAUGAAACAGGCC